AGCGGCUGGGCGCGCACGGCAGCCUCUCCCGCGGCGCCUCUGACCUUUCACCUACAGGAAAAGCUUCCGUCUCGGCGCCGCCGCCGCUUCCCCCGCCUUGGGGAGUCGAGCGCCACCGCCGCCGGGCCCGGGAUGCAGCGUGGGCUCGAGCGCCGGCGGGACGCUGCGGGGUCCACCUGGCCACUCGUGGGCGCGAGCCGAGGCCCGGAUCCCUUUCCCCGCGCGGGCCUCUUACCUAAUUCUCGUGCUCACCCAGGGCAGACGGAAUAACGCUUUCAACUUAAGAACGGAUGGGGCGGGAGUGGCCGCUGCCUUUGGAUCUGUAUCUUUUGCGAAAGAAUGGAUCGGCCGAGGGUCCUCCCUGAAAUGGGCAUGUCCAAGCUUCCUGGAGCUCUUUUGUUAAGAAACUACCUCCAACUCCUGCAGAUAGCGUUUGUUGAAUGGACACUCUGGCAAUUAAAUCAUGGCAACCAUAGAAGAAAUUGCACAUCAGAUUAUUGAACAACAGAUGGGAGAGAUUGUUACAGAGCAGCAAACUGGCCAGAAAAUCCAGAUUGUGACAGCGCUUGAUCAUAGUACCCAAGGCAAGCCGUUCCUUUUGACAAAUCCCGAUGGCUCUACCCCAAGCAAAGUCAUUCUGGCCAGGCCAGACUCUACUCCCGGAAAAGUUUUCCUCACAAGCCCAGAUGCAGCAGGUGUCAACCAGUUAUUUUUUACAACUCCUGACUUGUCUUCGCAACACCUCCAGCUCUUAACAGAUAAUUCUGCCUCAGAACAAGGACCAAAUAAAGGUUUUGAUCUUUGCGUAGUAUGUGGAGACAGAGCAUCAGGGCGUCAUUAUGGAGCUGUAACUUGUGAAGGCUGCAAAGGAUUUUUUAAAAGAAGUAUCCGAAAAAAUUUAGUUUAUUCAUGUCGAGGAUCAAAGGACUGUAUUAUUAAUAAACACCAUCGAAAUCGCUGUCAAUACUGCAGGUUACAAAGAUGUAUUGCAUUUGGAAUGAAACAAGACUCUGUUCAGUGUGAAAGAAAACCCAUUGAAGUAUCAAGAGAAAAAUCUUCCAACUGUGCCGCUUCAACAGAAAAAAUCUACAUUCGAAAAGACCUUCGAAGUCCCUUAGCUGCAACUCCAACUUUUGUAACAGAUAGUGAAACUGCAAGGUCAGCAGGACUUUUAGAUUCAGGAAUGUUUGUGAAUAUUCAUCAGUCUGGAAUAAAAACUGAGUCAGCUGUGCUGAUGACACCAGAUAAGGCUGAAUCAUGUCAGGGAGAUUUAAGUACAUUGGCCAGUGUAGUGACAUCAUUAGCAAAUCUUGGAAAAACUAAAGACCUUUCUCAAAAUAGUACUGAAAUGUCUAUGAUUGAAAGCUUAAACAAUGGCGAUACCUCUUUGUGUGAAUUUCACCAAGAAAUGCAGACUAAUGGUGAUGUUUCAAGGGCAUUUGACACUCUUGCAAAAGCAUUGAAUCCUGGCGAGAGCACAGCCUGUCAGAGCUCAGUAGAGGGCAUGGAAGGAAGCGUACACCUAAUUGCUGGAGACUCAAGCAUAAAUUACAUCGAAAAAGAGGGGCCACUUCUCAGCGAUUCACAUGUAGCUUUCAGGCUCACCAUGCCGUCUCCCAUGCCUGAGUACCUGAACGUGCACUACAUCGGGGAGUCCGCCUCCCGGCUGCUCUUCCUGUCGAUGCACUGGGCACUUUCCAUUCCUUCCUUCCAGGCUCUAGGGCAAGAAAACAGCAUAUCAUUGGUGAAAGCCUAUUGGAAUGAACUUUUUACCCUUGGUCUUGCCCAAUGCUGGCAAGUAAUGAAUGUAGCAACUAUAUUAGCAACAUUUGUCAAUUGUCUUCACAGUAGCCUUCAACAAGAUAAAAUGUCAACAGAAAGAAGGAAAGUAUUGAUGGAACACAUCUUCAAGCUGCAGGAGUUUUGUAACAGCAUGGUUAAACUCUGCAUUGAUGGGUAUGAAUAUGCCUACCUGAAGGCAAUAGUACUCUUCAGUCCAGAUCAUCCAGGCCUAGAAAACAUGGAACAGAUUGAGAAAUUUCAGGAAAAAGCUUAUGUUGAAUUCCAAGAUUAUAUAACCAAAACGUAUCCAGAUGACACCUACAGGUUGUCCAGACUGCUGCUCAGGUUGCCAGCUUUGAGACUGAUGAACGCUACCAUCACCGAAGAACUGUUUUUCAAAGGCCUCAUUGGCAAUGUGCGCAUUGACAGUGUCAUCCCACACAUUUUAAAAAUGGAACCUGCAGAUUAUAACUCACAAAUCAUUGGUCACAGCAUUUGAACACUGAAAUCUCAGUUUAAACCGCUUGUUCUUUUCCAGAACACACGAAGACACCAAAUUGAAUUCAUUGCUUCCAGGGCAUCCGGACAUUUUUACUUUAAAGAGUAACCAAAAACCAAGAUAUUUUUAUUGUAACUUCCUUAAGAAGCAUUUUUGAAGUGACUGGGCAAGUAGUGGAAUUGGAAUUUCCUUUCCUGUCUUAUUUAAGUGAAUUAAAAAUACUAUGAAUUUAUUCUUGGUUAAGAUGACACCUAAAGCUGUCCCCUCUUGACUAAGAUUUCUCAUUAUAUUUUAUUUUAUAAAACAAAUAAAUAAGUGUCUCUUUUUUUUCCCCCCAAAAUUGUGUUCUAUUCAUGUUUGACUUCAUUAUGAACUACUGCAAUUGUCAGAAAUCCCUAAGGAGGAAUUUUCUUGCAUUUUACUCUUCUUUAAUAUAAUCUGUUUUAGUUACCUGUCAAAAGAAGAUUAUUUUAUGCUCAGUGGUAUAAUGAUAACAUAUUAGAAUUAUAGGAAAAUAAUAAUUGAAUUUAAGUGUUUUUUUUUUUUUUUUUGUCUUUUGUAAAUAGGUAUUAUGGCACCCUUAGCGUAUAUCACUCUCAUUGCUGGCAAUGAGAUGUAGGCCAUUCAUGAUCUUAAGAACUGAUCUUUUUAGUGUUGUAUAUUAUUAGUUACAAGCACUUUUUAUUUAUGUAUGUAGCAGAAAAUUGUUUUUGAGAAUAAGAGAUAACAUUUUAAUAUUUUUGGUUUACUGUGUUAUAAAAAUAGUAGAGACUGAUUGGGCCCCAAAUGUUUUGAUAUUUCAAAAUGGAGAUUAAGAUUAUUGCUCUUCCAUUCCACAAAAACAUCUGACAUCUCUCCCUCUUUUCUGACCUGCAUUAUGGCUUCCUGACCCUUCCAUGGGUUUCAGCCAAUUUCUUUUAGGUCAUUAGAAAUACCUAAUUUGUUGAAUAAUGGAUUUAUCAUAGCCUCUCUCUGCUUUCAGGGUGAGGUAGACAGUUAUUUUAAAGCAGUUGAUAAUUUUUUGCAAGUUCAGCUUCUUAAAAUAUAAAGGAAUAUGCACUGAUAUUUCACUGUAUAAGGGGAAGGGCUAUUUUACCAAUAGCUGGAAGAGCUGCCUUGUUGUUAUCACAACAAAAGCAUUUUAGACUCCUGGGAUGUCUUCCACAGUAAUGUUUCCUUAGUAAAACUUGAUACUGUUGCAUUAUUUCUUUGCUUUAAUUUCAUGAUGGAUUAUUUUGGUAUGUCUGUUAAUUGAAAAAAACAAAUGUGGAGAUUUUACUGCACCCAGAGUACAUUUUUUAUAAACAUUUUUGCAAUAGAAGAGAAGCAGAAUUUAGGGAAAAUGUAUGGAUUUUACUAAUUGCUACUUUAUAGUAAAUUAGGAGUUUUGAAGUAUCAAUUUACAGUCUCUACUGACUUAUUAAGGGAAACUUUUUUUCCCUAUUUAAAACAUGAUUUUUGUCAACAAGUUUAUUUAUAUUUACCAGCUGGUAAAACUACAUUUAGUACAAAGUAAUUAAAUAGAAAAAUGAGUACGUUUAUACCUUUAUCAAUCCAGUGAAGUAAACCAAGCAUUCAAGAAAAAAUUAUUUUAAUUAAUAUACUAACAGUUAAUUAAGAUACAUGUUUCAGGUAUUUUUUCCUCUUUAAAUUUAUAGUUAUAUUUGGAAGUGUUUUUAAAACUAUUAUUAAAAUGUGACCUGCAUUACAAAUUUCCGUUUCCUGCCAGCAUAUUUUAUUUUAGAGUCCUAUUUGUUCAGUGUUUAUUUGUCCCAUUGUUAAGAAAUCUCUAAUAAAAUUUAUUAAAGUACUUUCAGGAAGGGAAAAACAUGAAUAACAUUUCCAUAUCCCAAUAUUUUAGGAUUAUUUACAGUUCAGUUUGAAACUUCCAACUAAAUAUUGCAGACUUACUUUCUUUUUCUCCUGAAAUCUCCGUAAAUUGUCAUCAUACAAUGACAAAUGACAAUGAUAAAGAGAGUUGAAUAAAUUGUUGGAAAACAAAUAGAGAAAGACUGACUCAGCUGAGCUAGAACCAGGGAAGCUCUAACCUGAGUGACUACAAUAGGCAGUGCAGCGAGAAGGAAGCCAGUGAACCUGGGAGUGUCCAGAUGUGAUGUUCCCUACCUGGAAGAACCAUGUGCCCACAUGCAGAGAUGGGCAUAUGAGAGGAUUGCGGGCCAGUUUCUUUACACAAUCAUGGAACUAUCUUUCUCUACCCUUACUUAAAUCAAGUUAUCACUUUCUGUCUUUCCACUUUUUCAGACUGGAGGCCAGAGGUUAAUAAUCUUGAGAGUCAGAACCAGAUCGUAGGAUUUAUAGGAUACCAGCGAUAACAGAAGGCUUUAAUUAAGAUAUAGGGUUGAAAUUAAAGAUUAAGUGAAAAUCUGCAAUCUGAAUGUGGGCUCCCUAAGCUUGUUCCCAGAAUGUUGUCCAUUGGAUAGAGGCUUCUCUGUCAGAAUUCUUUUCUUUGAAGAUAUUAAUUGUCCCCAGAGUAAAGAUCUUCAGAUACUCA